CACUGCUGUUCAGAAAACACAUCCAGACCUCAAGAAACUGACCUCAGUUCAUCACCAAAGAUCUUGCCUAGGUUAAUCAGCAGUGCCGUUCAGUCCCCCUCAGUGCCUUGACCGACUGCCCCAGCCCCAGCAUGCUGCCUGGGAGAGACGCUGCUGUCCGGCAGUGCAUCCUGACGAGCCGCUGGCUCCCUGCAGCUCUGACGCUGCUCCUGCUGCUGUCCUCCAGCUUCAGCCGCGCUCAGAGCACCACGGUGGAGCAUGACUUCCACAUCGUACACAACGUAGACAACAGAAGUCCAGAGAUAGACCCGUUCUGGUACGUGGGCCGUGGAGUGCGACCCAUAGGGCGCUUUGGGAAGAGGCACAGCAGCAUGGAGGCUCUUGGAAACAAUGGGAUGCAGCCUGUCCUAAGGACUUUGGAGCUGCUGCUCAACAGCCUCAGAAAAAAGGAAAACCUUGAAAAAGUAAUCAGUGGAGAGGAAAAUGUUUGGUUACCAUGAUGCUGUGUUCUUGCCUUCUGUCCACAAACCUUUUUUUAUUCUCUUAGCUGAAGUUGUACAUUUAUUUCUUUUAAUGUAAAGCUAUGAGGUUAGUCAUUCGUGCAUAAUUCAUUCACCGUGAAGUAUCUACACGUAAAAGAAUGCAAUGUAUAUUUAUCAAUAAAUAAGAGUGUUGUUAGGAUACCAGUUAAUGGUGUCGGUUGUUUUUAGCUUGCAGGUGCACAACAAAAUGUUUGCUUCAAACUAAACAGGUUUCCUUCAAGUUUGCAAAUUUUAUUUCAUAAUACAUUUUAUUUCUGAGUAUUGUGGCACAUAGAGAAUCUGUAUUUUUUGCAUUUUAAUAUUUUCCCCAACAUGUCAUAUGGAUUGCAACAAACGAUUACAC